AUGAAAAGAAAAGAUUAUUGCGGGAUGUUUUUCGUCAUGAUCGUAUUUUUCAUAAUCGGUUUUCCAAUUUGAUGUGGCGGUUACUUUGGGAUUUACUAUCCUCUCGAAGUAAAAACCUGAAGCUCCUCUACCUGCACAAUUAUGGGCAUUACCUCAUACACAACAAGUUAUAUGAGAUCGCAUACCUACGUCCAAUAUAAAGUUGCUGUAGAAAUUGAUGGGAAAUCCUAUCCUGGAUAUGGAUGUAGUUCAAAUAGAAACGAUGAUAAUCCUGACACCUUAGAUAUAGAAAACACCUACGCUUAUAAAUAUUCACAUUGUGGCAGGUACUGGGAGUUUGGCGAUAAAUGCAGAUCAAGCCAAAAAUUUUUGCCACGCUGGAUGUGCGCUCCAUUGAAAGGUGGUGGGCAAUUUCUUGUGGGGGAAAAAGUUGAUUGUAAAUGGUAUCUAAAUAGUGAUGACGGUGAAACUGAUCCUGCUAAUAUUGAUGAGUUUACUUAUCCAGGCAAGUCUGGAGCAACUAUUGAAGUAUUGUUUAGUGACGGAAUAAAUUACCCAAUCGACCAUUAUAAUACGCUGUGGGUAAUUCCAUUUGGCAUUUUAUCAGUGAUUCCUUGCAUAUUUAUUAUUUUCUGUGCUCUUCCUGGUCUGAUGGGCGGAUUUCAAAAAUCUAAAUGAGACAGAGCAAAAGACUAUUGCAGCGACUGCUGUGCGGCAUUAUGACGUAAGAAAGGGUAUAUCCAGAGCAGGAUUAGGAAUUUAAAGCCUAAUACUGAGUCAGUUUUUAAAAGAAAAGCUGGGUUUUUGUAUGUGUAUUUGUGUUUAAAGAAUUCAGGACUCCCUAUUAAGGAGAGAUAUAUUCGAGAUAUUGCUGACUAUAUCGGAUAA